CAGAAGUGUUGGGUCAGAGGACUGCUGCCUGCCUCUCUGCUCAUCCCACACAGCCUUUGCAUCUGUGCCUCCCAGCCAUGAGGACCCUCGCUCUGCUUGCUGCCAUUCUCCUGGUGACCCUGCAGGCCCAGGCUGAGCUCCACUCAGGGAUGGCUGAUGACGGUGUGGACCAGCAACAGCCCCGGGCACAGGAUCUGGACGUGGCCGUCUACAUUAAACAGGAUGAAACCUCCCCUCUUGAAGUUUUGGGUGCAAAGGCAGGCGUGUCCUGUACUUGCAGACGAUUCAGUUGUGGGUUUGGGGAACGCGCCUCUGGGUCCUGCACAGUCAAUGGAGUCCGCCACACACUCUGCUGCCGCCGCUGAGCAUCAAAAACAGAAAAAAAAGAGUUCCUUAUUUUCUUGGAGACCUCGAGGGAAAACAUUAUUACUCUUUGCCUCAUCUUUUCCUUUCCCACCCUAAAUAAAGAGCUUGUAGUCAA